CUUGAGGACAUGGCCCCUGUCACUCAGAGGUGUCUACCCCUCCAAGAGGAGGGGCUUGGCCUAUGAGGGGGUGUCCAAAUGCUGUGGAGAGGACAAGUCUUUCUCCCCAGCAUCAGGUAGCUGAGAAUGCGUUUGUCCAAACCACUAGUAGACAUGGAGAUGGCAGACUAUAGCGAGGCCUUGGACCCAGCCUACACCACCCUGGAGUUUGAGAACAUGCAAGUGCUUGCGAUGAGCACAGACUCCUCGCCAGCUGAGAGUGCCAACAUGAAUGUUGCCAACCAUUUAGGGGCCGGCACCCUAUGUGCCAUCUGUGGGGACCGGGCCACAGGAAAGCACUACGGAGCCUCCAGCUGUGACGGAUGCAAGGGGUUCUUCAGACGCAGCGUACGCAAAAACCACAUGUAUUCCUGCAGAUUUAACAGACAGUGCAUAGUGGACAAAGACAAGAGAAAUCAGUGCCGGUACUGCAGACUAAAGAAAUGUUUUCGAGCUGGGAUGAAGAAGGAAGCUGUGCAGAAUGAAAGAGACAGGAUUAGCACCAGAAGAUCCAGCUAUGAAGACAGCAGCUUACCCUCCAUAAACGCACUCAUUCAGGCUGAUGUCCUUUCUAGACAGAUCUCAUCACCUGGUCCUAUCUUGAAUGGCGACAUCAGAACGAAGAAGGUAGCCACUAUAACUGAUGUGUGCGAGUCUAUGAAACAGCAGCUGCUGGUGCUGGUUGAAUGGGCUAAAUACAUCCCAGCAUUCUGUGACCUUCCCCUGGAUGAUCAGGUGGCUUUACUGCGAGCUCAUGCUGGAGAACAUCUCCUGCUAGGAGCUGCCAAACGCUCCAUGCUGUAUAAGGACAUUUUACUAUUAGGUAAUGAUCAUAUAAUUCCACGAAAUUGCCCCGAAUUGGAGGUGAGCCGUGUGGCUGUAAGGAUCCUUGACGAGUUAGUCCUUCCCUUCCAGGAUCUCCAGAUCGAUGACAAUGAAUAUGCCUGUUUGAAGGCCAUUGUAUUUUUCGAUCCAGAUGCCAAAGGUUUAAGCGACCCAAGCAAGAUCAAACGCAUGCGAUACCAAGUUCAAGUUAGUUUGGAGGACUACAUAAAUGACCGGCAGUACGAUUCGCGAGGACGGUUCGGCGAGCUACUACUUCUGUUGCCAACGCUACAGAGUAUCACCUGGCAAAUGAUCGAGCAAAUCCAAUUUGUUAAAUUGUUUGGAAUGGCGAAGAUAGACAACCUGCUACAAGAGAUGCUUCUAGGAGGUUCUGCUAAUGAAGCUCCUCAUGCCCAUCAUUCUCUACACCCACAUCUGGUCCAGGAGCACCUCAGUAACAAUGUCAUAGUCACCACAAACAUGGCCAUUCCUAUUCACAAUGGCCAGAUGUCAACUCCGGAAACUCCAAUCCCAUCUCCCCCGACAGCCUCAGGUUCUGAUCAUUACAAAAUGGCACCGGGGGUUAUAGCCACAGUGCCAAAGCAACCAAGCUCCAUCCCUCAACCAACCAUCACCAAACAAGAGGCCAUCUGAGUGCACAGAGAAAUACAGAUCAAGUUUUUAACUUGUUACUAUGAAUAGGCUGUGCUGAGUGUGACAAUUCAUUCUCAUAGGCAUCUGGACACAGUAACACUGACAUUUAUAUUCACUAGCUGUUAAAUUUAAGGUUUUUAGAAAAGACACAGUGAAAUUGUUCAGAAUUUCCUAUUUUAAGAACUUUAGACCAAAAUAGUUGAGUUUAAAGGUGUGCAGCAAUCACACUUUAAAUCUAUAUGUUCAUCCCAUCUCAUUUGUUUGCUGUAUGUAUGUUUUAGAAUGAACUAGUGGUGCAUAUUUAUACAACCCAAGGAGUCACAACAGAAUUUAAAAAGUCAGAAAAGACCAUAUUAUACAAAGGAUAUGCAAGUUUUAUUCUCCUUUCAAGGAGAGUUUGAGUUCCAUAAAUGUUACAGCAGGCCUGAAUGUGAUCAGAUGUUUGUUUUGUUGUACAGUAUUUUAACAGCUUGCUUCUGGCUCUUAUAGUACUUUUACGGUAGCAUAAUAGAAUACAUAACAUUUUGUGCCUUGGAAAUAUUGUUAUUUACCAAAAUGCUGGUAAUUAUUUUAUGUAUGCUAAGAGUAUGUGCAUUUCAUAUUUUUCUGUUUGUGCCAUACUUCAAUUGUAAAUAUAAUGAUUUCCUUUUUUUCAUAAAAGGAUUUAGUCUCUUCUAAUUCAUGAUUUUAGGAUUAAAAAAAAAAAAAGUCUCCUGUUCAACCCCUUAACUGUAACUAGUGAUGUGUAUGUAUGCAUACAGUAAGAGAAUGUCACACUCAUUUAUAGUUUUACAUGUUGGUCAUUUACUGCCAAUUUACAAUGACUGCCUUCAGGGAGAAGGGUAAUUUCAAACUUGCAAUGUGAACUGAUAUUAAAUGUCAA